UGAUGAAGCUUUUAUUGGUUGGGCAUGGGGAAGAGCCACCGAAGAGGCACACAGAUAUACUCCUGUAUCUAUAUCUAUAUGAUGCCUCCAUGAAAGACAUGCAGCUUCAAGAUGUUAAUCUGAAGAUGCAAAAACCAUACACAUGCACUUCCAUUAACACAAGGUUUCAUACAAAGUGCUCACAUCUCUCAAUCUGUCAUCACCAUCACUUUAAGCAAUGGAUUGCUUGCAGAAAAAAGCCAAGUACGAUUGUUGGAAAAGUCAUUCUCAUUGUUCUAUCGUUGCACACGUUUAUCUUGUCUUAAAAUUCGCCCGAAAUGGUUGUACGAUAUGUUUUUUUUUAAAUCAUUCUUUAUUGGUAUAGAUGAGUUAUGUACUUGAACAACUGUAUAAUAUCAUAUUUUCAAUAUAGUAUAUAUUAAACGAUCAAAA